GCCGUCUCAAGCUGAAAAAAUAUUCAUAGAUAAAAAGAAGCCGUGAGCGAUGCAUAAACAUUGUUGACCUCUCCAAAUAGGUAGGUAACUUAUGCCUAGGUACUUGUCUACAGUCCGUUGGAUAGAGACAGGCACACCAUUCGGCGCAUACCUGGUACCUAGAUAUACCUAGCUAGAGGUACUAUAUAUUGUGUUGUUAUACACCAAGUUAUACACACAAAAUGACAAAUCAGAUGCAUAACGCCCUUGAAGCUGCAUGCACAGAUCCCUAUCGCUAUCCUUUCUCUCCAUCACAACCCGUCCUAUUACUUCUGCUUCUCCUCCUCCUCCUCCGUGCCAUAACAUACCUACACACAUACCUACAUAUAUAUGUACAUGCGACGCUCCCCCUAGUCCCCCACGGCUCCCCUGUCGAGAAGAUCUUGCUCCAUCGGUAAAAAUGGCAGGCAUCUAUAUCACCUCCCCAAAUAGGAACUCCUGCAAACGCACGAGAGGAUUUACUGGCAUGCUCGCCGGAUGGCGUGAAGGCACGCUGGCAUGUAGGUAUAAAAGACCUAUAUAUUUACAUGCCGACACGUCCAAUGCCAUCAUGUCUGCGACGCCCUCUUCCCCUUCCCUCCCCCCCCUUUCCCCCUCCCUAAUCCCGUCUUCUGGCAGCACCGGGACGGUUAGGUGUGAGGUUGGUUCGACCUACCUGCCUCAAUCUCUAGUAAGCAGUCGAUAGCCAUGAAGUCCUCUGCUGUUAGCGCCGUGGCGCUCGCCUCGUUGGCGAACGCGGCUAGCGACGCCACUAGUAGCACGCCAACGGGGACGCCUACUGAGCCGUGUGCUGUCGUGAGCGCGUCGUGGGCUGCCCAGAUCACGGCCACGGCCACGCCGACUGUCGAGGCGUCGAUCGCGUACGAGUGUCUUAACUCGGUGCCGAUCAAUAAGGACGCCGCCCUCCGCUUCAUCGACGAGCUCGAGCCGUACGUCGAGUGGCAGUCCGACACGGCUUUCAAGAAGAACCCGCCCGAGGAGUACUUCUACCCGCCCCACGAUAUCUGGGCCGUUAUAGCCGAUGUCAAGGCCGACCUCGCCGCCGACAAGUACCCCAACGAGUACUCGUGGCAGGCCGACCUGUAUAAGAGGCUGUUCGGGCCGGCUCACGAUGGCCACUUCGUCGUCUACCCGGACGCCCUGUCGAGAGCCCUCGAAUGGCAGCGGCCCUUCGCCCUUGUCUCUAUCAGCGAGGAGGGCCCCGCCGGCGCCGCCCCCGCUAUCAAGGUCUACGACGACGUCGUGGCCUCGCCCGACACCGCUUCCACUGUCGCCCUCAUCAACGGCGUCGACGCCGCGACAUUCGUUGAGGAUUGGAUCAACCAGGCCACCGGAAACCAGGAUGCCGACGCCGCGUAUAACUCUAUGUUCUUCGAGAAGGCCUUCCUAGCCGAGAACAACAAUCUCGGCUAUUUCCAGACGGGAGGCCGGGUAAGGUACAUCUAUCCUGGCGAGCUCACCUCGUUCACAUUCGAAAACGGGACGGUGCUAGAUCUGCCAAAUUUAGCGAGGCUGAAGGGUAGCUGGACUGGCGUCGUUGAUGGCCCGUCCUUUUUCAACAGGUUCUGUCCCGGUGCGGUUUCCACCGUUCAGGCCGUCGACGAAACGACGACGACGACGACAACCACCGCGGCGGCCACGGCGGCAGCUCGGGUUGUGGGAUACCCCGAUCCGGUCAUCGUGUCGAGUGACUCGUCGAUCUCCGGCUACUUCAUCGACCAGCCGGGCUUCGAGGACGUGGCUGUGAUCGUGAUGCUGUCUUUCUCGCCCGAGAGCACGGUCGAAUUCCAGCAGGUGGCGCAGGACUUUUUUGCGGCCGCGGUCCGGGCGGGGAAGACGAAGGUGGUUGUCGACGUGCAGGCGAACGGCGGGGGCUACAUCUUCUCGGGGUACGACCUGUUCCGUCAGCUGUUCCCGGACAUUGUGCAGGAGGGCCUGGGGCGGUGGCGGCAGCACCCGGGCUUCGCGGCUGUGUCGAAAGUGUUCUCCGAGAUCUCGGCCGACUUUGACCCGGACACGGCGUCACCCGACGUCAUCAACGCGUAUGAGUCCGUCUUCAACUGGCGCUACGACUACAACGCGACGAACGGGAACUUCACCUCAUAUGAGGACAAGUUCGCACCGCAGGAAUUUGGCGGCGACACGUACACGAACUUGAUGCAGUGGAACUUCAACGAUCCGUUGAGCACGAUCAACGACACCUUCGGCUUCGGCACCGACAUCACGGGUUACCGCAGCCGGCAGAACUUCACGCGGCCGUUCGGUGGGCCCGAGAACAUCGUGCUCCUGCUCGACGGGUACUGCGCGUCGACGUGCACGCUCUUCUCCCAGUUCCUCAAGGUCAACGCUGGCGUCCAGAGCAUCGCGAUGGGCGGGCGGCCGUCGAAGGAGGGCCGCAUCCAGGGCGUCGGUGGCGUCAAGGGCUCCCAGAGCUACGGGUUCGCCGACGUGCUUGCGCAGGCACAGACGGCGCUCUCGUUCACGAAUGACUCAGAAACAGCCGAUACGCUGCGGCGCUACACGGGCUACGUGCGGCAGCGCAGCACGGCAGCGAGCCUCAACGUCAAAGACCAGAUCCUACGCGGGAAUCUCGCGGACGGGAUUCCCGCGCAGUUCGUCACCGAGGAAUCCGACUGUCGCCUCUGGUGGACGGCGCCCAUGGUCACCGACAUCACGGAGCUCUGGAAGGCCGCCGCGACGGCCGCCUUCAAGGGCGGUAAGUGCGCCUACGGUAGUAUUGACUACCCGCAGAACGGGACGACGACGACGACGACGGCGAGGAGGUCGUCUCUGGGGCCGUUCGGUAGGCCGAGAUUCGUGCUUCCGAAGAAAAUCGAGAGGUUCGCAGCGCCAGAGAGGCGCGAUAGCGUGCACAAGAGCGCGACGUUCAUAGCGAACCAGUUCAUGAGGGUUGUGGACUAGAGAGAAAUCCUUCUGUUCCCUCCUCUUCCUCCCUCCCCCCCUACCCCUGCUGGACAAACCUACCUCUCUGUGUCUAUUUCUGCAUCUACUUCCGUAUCUAGCGCGUUGCCCGAUGUGGAGCCCUCUUUGUAGGUAGUCAUGUAGGUUAGAUCCACAGCGUAGGCUACCUAGAAGCGUAUAUAGAGACACUAUAGGAUUGCGAGUUAAGAACAAGCGGGACGGCGUCGUGCUUAGACGGUGGGUGGCUGUCCAAGAAUUUCUCUGCUUUUCUUCUUGCAUCGCGUGCCAGCUUUGACUCGACGCUGAACGGGAACGGCUCCUCUAGCCAACCAGCGAACACCUCAUCGCGCCCGGUUAGCCUGCGGGACCUGCGGCAUUUGAUGUGCGCAACAUUAUCACGGGAAGGGGGGUCUGCUUAGACGGAGGUAGGUCACGUCUGUGUGCUCUUCCAAGGAAGCGUAUGCAUGCGCAGAUCCAUCCGCCCAUACCUACAUACAUACACAUGCAGUCGACUCGUCGCUUAACGCAAGGAAGUGGAGAGGAGGCGGCGGCGGAGGAGGAGGAUGGUGGGGGAAGAGAAGAAGCAGAGAAGCGUAAGAGGAAGGGCAUCU